AUGUCUAGUAAAUUUUACAAUAUACCAGGGUCUCAUGUGCCUAGUGGGAAUACCUGUUCCAAUGAGUUAACAUCAUUACUACCUACUAGGAAAGCUAGCAUAACUUAUUUCAAUUAUACAUCAACUCCUGCUGGUCAGAAAGUGUCAUCAAAAUAUGAUCCAAAUAAUCCAAAUAAGGAUAAACUAGGAACUUAUGAUGGUGUUUUUAUUCCUACAACUCUGAAUGUUUUAUCUAUUUUAAUGUUUUUAAGAUUUGGCUUUGUAUUGGGCCAACUUGGUAUAAUUUGCACUUUAGGGUUAUUACUAUUAAGUUAUUUAAUUAAUUUACUGACAACGUUGAGUAUUUCUGCAAUUUCUACAAAUGGUACUAUUAGAGGUGGAGGUGCUUAUUAUAUGAUUUCAAGGUGUUUAGGGCCAGAGUUUGGUGGCUCCAUAGGUUUAGUAUUUUUCUUGGGACAAGUGUUCAAUAGUGCAAUGAAUGCUGUUGGUAUCUCUGAACCGCUAUUAUACAAUUUUGGGAUUUUUGAUGAUUCUUCAAAGCAUGCUGCAUUAUUUGAAUUGUUACCAGUUGGAAAAUGGAAUGAAUUUAUUUACUCAUCUACUAUACUUUUCCUAUGUAUUACAAUUGCAUUAGUGGGAUCACAAACAGUUUCUAGAGCUGGUAACUUUUUAUUCUUUAUUCUAAUGAGUUCAAUCAUUUCUAUUCCAUUAUCAUUGAUCUUUAAAUCUCCAUUUAAGGAUGUUAUCUCAUACUCAGGUCCAAGUUGGGACACCUUCAAAGAAAAUUUAUACCCACAUUUGACUAAAGGCGCUGCUGGUUCGAUGGCCAAAGGCAAAGAAACAUUUAACGAUCUAUUUGGUGUCUUUUUCCCUGCAACUGCUGGUAUUUUUGCAGGGGCUGGUAUGUCCAGUGAAUUAAGAAAACCUUCCAAGUCAAUUCCCAAAGGCACUUUAUGGGGACUUUUGUUUACAUUUUUAUGCUAUGCUGUAGUUGUUUUAUCUAUGGGUUGCUCAAUUCCAAGAAAAUCAUUGUAUGAGGAUGUUCAAAUUAUCCAAUCAGUUAGUGCUUUACAAUCAAUAAUAUUUUUAGGUGAAAUGGCAACAUCAAUCUUUUCCAUUACUGUUGGUAUGCUGGGUGCUGCAUAUGUUUUAGAAGCCAUCGCCAGAGAUAGUAUUUUCCCAGGUUUGUCUUUUUUUUGCAAGAAUCAAAUUUAUUCUUUACUGUUUACAUGGUUAUUAACCCAACUCUGUUUAUUUUCCGAUGUCAAUAAAAUAGCAACUUUAAUUACAAUGACCUUUUUAAUGACUUUCGUCGUAAUGAAUUUAGCAUGCUUUUUAUUGAGAAUUUCUUCUGCACCAAACUUUAGACCAUCUUUCAAAUAUUUUGACAAAUAUACUGCAUUAACUGGCACCAUAAUAUCUUCUGUGGCCAUGUUUAUAGUAGAUGGUAUGUCUGCAUCUGCGGUUAUUCUGGCAAUGAUUCUUAUUUUUGUUUUCAUCCAUUAUGUGUGUCCACCUAAAUCUUGGGGUGACGUAUCACAAACCUUAAUUUAUCAUCAAGUAAGAAAAUAUCUACUGAGGUUACGUCAAGAUAAUAUUAAGUAUUGGAGACCUCAAAUACUACUUUUUGUCGAUAACCCAAGAACUAGUUGGAACUUAAUAAAAUUCUGUAAUCAUUUGAAGAAAGGUGGUUUAUAUGUUUUAGGGCAUGUAACAAUAACAAAUGAUUUCCAAAACCAGUUCAAAGAAGUUAGGAAACAGCAGGACGCCUGGGUCGAAAUUAGAGAUAUGACAAAUAUAAAGGCAUUUGUCCAAAUUGGCACGGGUCCUAACCUACCUUGGAGCAUCAGAAAUGUAUUCAUGGGGUGUGGUUUAGGUGGAAUGAAACCUAAUAUAACAAUAAUAGGUUUUUUUGAUUUAGAAAGUUAUUACGGUACUGACACUAAUAGCAUUUCUACUCUGGCAAAUAUAAUUAACCAAGAUGUCAAUAUUAGUAAUACAUUGCCAACUGAUGACUGUAAAAAUGAAAAUAAAGUUACAGUUCAACAGUGGGUUGAAAUUAUCGAGGAUUUAACCUUAAUGAAAUCUAAUAUUGCUAUAGCUCGUGGAUUUGGAGGGUUACAAUUUCCAAGUGAUCUUUCAACGUUAAAUCAAUCGGACAAGUCCAAAAAAUACAUUGAUUUGUACCCCAUCCAAAUGUUGGCCAAAAUGACUCUAAAAAGGGAAGAUUUAUCUCUUCUAACAACAAAUUUUGACACAUAUACGCUGAUUUUACAAUUAGGUGCGAUAUUGGUCACUGUACCCCAGUGGAAGAAAACACAUGUCCUUAGAGUCAUAUUAUUUGUUGAAACAGAAUCUGAGAGAUUGGAUGAAUUGGAUAGAAUGAAUAAACUGUUAGAGGUACUUCGAAUUGAUGCAAAAGUAUUAAUCGUUGCAUUAGAUCAAUUUAGAGUUUAUAAUACGAUUGUUAAGGGUAAUCCUAUUAUGUUUGACUAUGUAUCAAAGAUAUUAAAAGAUGAUCCGUGGUGGAAUGACUUAGUAGAAUCAAGGAAUACAUUAAAACCACUAAGACGAUUUUCUACUUCCGAUUCAAUUGAUAUCAAAAAUAAUACAGGGAAAGCAAAGAAAUACAAAACUGCCCAGUUACAACAGUUAGGGAUCUCACUUACUAUGUCCUCCAAUAUGCCUCACAAUUACAACGGGAAUGAUUAUCUGGCUACUGAAUCCGAUGAAGAUGAAACCGAUUUAUCAUUAACUGGAUCAAACAGUUCAUUGUUACCACAAGACCAAAGGUUAAAAUAUGAAUUAUUCCGUAGAUCACAUUACAAUAACGGCAAAAAACCAUCUUCCAUUAAGGGUAUUCAAUCUACCUUAAAUGCAUCAUCCAUUGUGAACCCAGUAUUUUCUAGUAACGCAUUACCUAGGACAAAAAUUAUAGAAGAAGGUUCUGGUGAUAAACCGACAAUUAUUCCAGUAGAAAAUGAUGCGAAGCCAGUUCGAAGUGAAAGUCCGAAACAAGUCGAAUUGAAUAAUAUUACUUCUGUCAUCUCUAAUGGUAGUUUGGUACGGGCAAUGCAAAAACUUACUUUUAAUGACCUUCCCUGCGCUGCUCAAUACUUGAUCUUAAAUGAUCUAAUGGUUCAAUUAUCAUCAAAUUCUGAUCUGAUAUUCUCAACACUACCAUUGCCAGCAUUGCAAACUCAUAAAGACCAUGGAGAAAGUCUUCAGUACGUACGUGAUCUAGAUUUAUGGUUAGAAGGUUUACCACCAACUAUGUUAAUUAAUUCACAGACUAUGACCGUGACAACAGCUUUAUAA